AUGCCCGUCACCGACGAGGACGCUGCAUUGGCGGCCGUUGCUACCCUGCACUCCUUGUCCCCUGAGCAGACUGAGGCCCUGGACGGCAUCAACGCCAUUCUGCACAACGGCGAGCCCUUUGUCGACGUCCAUGAGCUGUUUGCCCUGUAUAAUCUUGUCUACUUCCGACAGCUACUCCUCCCACGUGUUCAAGUCAUCUGGUCGCCGCGCUUGACUCUGUGCGCUGGCAUCUGUGAGUUAUCCAAGGACCCCAAGACCGGAAAGUUCACGCGCAUCCGUCUGAAGCUGUCGACGCCUCUGCUGCAGUACCGUCCACGCUCCGACACCAUCAACACCCUGCUCCACGAGUCGAUUCACGCCUACUUCUUCAUCACCACCUCGUGGAGACACUCGCGCGGAGAUGAUGGAACCGGGCACGGCCUUGGCUUCCAGCUACUCGCCGACGCCGUAAACAACCACGGCAACUACAAAGUCACCAUAUACCACACCUUUCACGACGAAGUCGACAGCUACCGAACACACGUCUGGCAGUGCGACGGGCCUUGCAAGAACCAGCCCCCAUACUUUGGCCUGGUCAAGCGAAGCAUGAACCGAGCUCCUGGCAAGGGUGACACGUGGUACUCGAGACAUCAGGCCGAGUGUGGGGGGACAUUCCAGAAGGUGCAAGAGCCAGCGCCGACCAAAAAGCAAUUGGAGGCCAUGAGCACCAAAGAGCGCGCGGGACGACAGAAAAAUAAGCUGGAUAACUGGAUCAAAAAAGACGUCAAAGCCGAGGGUAAAACCCCUGCUAUGCCCAUUGUCAUUGGAGCAGAGAAUGAGGCUUCAACAUCUUUUCAAGCUGGCCAGAAACGGCCGCUAGCGGGCGAGGACCAUGAGCCUGUCGUCCAGAAGAAGUUGCUUGUCGACUGUCCGAUCUGUAGUAUCAGAUUAGCCGAGGUCACACUGGGAUUCGUCCAACAGCAAAAGUCAACUCUCCAGAGUAUUGAUCCAAUCUCGCUCAGCGUCAUCAAGAGAGCAAAAAAGGUUCAUGUAAGGAUGAGCUGGUGGGAAAUACCAAGAACUGCCAGAGAUUUCCGACACUGGCCGUACCGAGUGAAUGGGUGGCUUGCGGACCUGGUCAAAAUGUUGCUGGAAAAGGCCAAGAGCUUAGAAGUCAUCACAAUGUCUUUCGAUGAACCUACCUGGGGCACUGAGUGGGAGCAGAAAGAGAAGACACUGGCUCCACUAAAGGACAUUGCCGGCCGGGUAAAGUUUCGAUUAGGCGAAGUGGAAGCUGGCGAGGAGCUCACGGAUGAGGAAGAGGCGGAAGAAGCCAAGUUGAAGGGACCGCACAACCUUGGCCAGGAUCUCAUG